UUUAAAUAUAAAAUUUUUAUUGGUUGUACCUUUUAUUUUAAAAUUAAUGUUAACUGUGUACGUCACGACAGAUGGCGUUUGCAACUGUUUGAUUAAUAAGGUUUUUUGCUGUCAUCAUAAAUUUAUAAACGUUUUACUAAUUGCAACAUAUUUAUUCAAAAUAUGAUAAAAUAAUUAUUAACUUAUAAAAAUGUGGAAAUAUUAUUGUAUUUACAACGUGUUAAACGUUAUACUUGCUAACACUUGGGGUCACGAAGUAAAAAGUUUCGAUGAUACUAUUUUAUUUAAAAUUAAUUGGCCAGACAAAAGUAAUACCGAACUAUUAGAGCCUGAAACUAACGUGGAGUCUUAUUUUAUAACAACUGCAAAUAAUGAGCGUUACCAAUGUUUAAUACCAGAUAUGAUGGAGCGAGAACGUAAUGAUGAUGAGGUAUAUAAGGGAUCAAAUCCAAUAGAAAUAUUAUCAAUGUUAUUUCGCCAAAAUACUUGUUCUUAUAGGUUAGAAUCAUAUUGGACUUAUGAAUUAUGUCAUGGUCAUUUUGUACGCCAAUAUCAUGAAGAUAGAGAAGGAAAAAAGGUUAAAACUCAAGAAUAUUACCUUGGUAAUUUUGACAAAUCGCAAAAUUUCAAACUUUCCGUUGAAUAUGAUGAAUUAGCAAAAAAUCCUGAUAAAAAGUCAGAGAUACCAGUAAUAAAAGUAGAUGGGAUAAAUAUGCCAUAUGUAGAAAUUAAAAUGGGAGAUGGUACACUUUGUGAUAUAAGCAAUAAACCAAGAAUGAUAAGAGUUCUAUAUGUAUGUUAUCAACAUGGCAAACAUGAAAUAUUUUCAUUAAAAGAAACAUCAAGUUGUGAAUAUGAGACCAUUGUUCUAUCUCCAUUGCUUUGCUACCAUCCUGAUUAUAAACUCAAAGAUUCUAAGGAAAAUGAAAUUGAAUGCCGUCCUAUGAAUACUGCACCAAAAAAACCUAGAGCACUUGUUGCAAUGGAAAUGGAGAGUUUGAAACUUCGACAUCAAAAGGAUAACAAGCUGCAGAAAAUCUAUGCGAUCUUCCAUGUAGAUAAGGAGGGCCAGGAUGGUGAUGCUCGUGUAAGGGUUGAAAUACGACCGGUAGAUGUUGCUGACAAACAGAAUGGUGAGGAAGAUUCUGUUAAUUCAUUAGUAGACCAGAACAUAACUCCUGCAGAACUUAAUUCGCUUCAAAACUUUCUUAGUGGUAAAAAUUGCUUACAUGGAGGAAAUGGUUGGUGGAAGUAUGAAUUCUGUUUUGGACAUUCUAUAGUCCAAUAUCAUACAGAAAAAGAUGGCACUAAGACUACUGUUAAUCUUGGUAAUUUUGAUAGACAAAAACACUUGGAAUGGAUUGCCACUCAUCCUUAUAAAAAACCAGGUCCACCAGAAGUGCGUAAAUAUUUAUCUCAUUUUUAUAGCGAUGGAAGUAUCUGUGACAAAAUUGGCCAAUUACGACAAACUGAGGUAAAAUUGAAGUGUGUUGAAGAUCACAUGGGUGGUCCAUCAAGUAUAUCAUUAUUUUUAUUAGAACCAAAAACAUGUAAAUAUGUGUUAAGAGUUGAAUCCCCAUUAAUUUGUGACAUUUUAGAAUAUGCAGAUGAAAAUGGUCUUUUAAGUGAAAAUUUUGAAACAGAUUUUGCUAAAUUAAGAAUAGCUCUUCAUACAGAACAAGAUGAUUUAGAUGAAAGAAUAGCUAAUGGAGAUGAUUAAUAAAAAUUGAUUUUUUAUUAAUUUUUAAUAAGCGAAUAGGGAAGGUACAAUUAAUUGUAAUUUAUAAUAAAAUUGAUUUAAUCACCGUGAUUAUUAUAAAACAUAAUCACUAAUAUUGCCAAUUGUACUUUUCUUAUAUAAAAUUUGUGUAAAACUUUGUAAACAUACUUAAAUGAACUUAAGUGUAUAUAUUUUUUAAUAAUUAUACAAUAGUAUAACUUACAAUUGUUUUUUUGUUUACUAGAUUGGAAGUAAAAAUAGUUGUAUAAAAAAAUUCAUGAGACACACAAACAUUAUUUAAUUUAAGAUAUAAGUAAUAAAGUUUAUAAAAAGAAUAAUAUAAAUACAUCAAUUUUUAUUACUAAAGUAAUAAAAUCUCUAACUCACAGAUAUCUGUAAUAUAAGUUACAGAACACAUACAAUUAAAAAGAUAUUGUACGAUUGAUUAACAAUAAUUAUACACCAAUAUCAAGACCCACACCUACACGAAAUUGCUGAUUUAUGUGAUUCAAGUGUCCACUAAUAAUUAAUGAUGAUUCUGGAAUUGGAUAUAGUUUUUUCUCAAAUACACAACCAAUACUACUUUCUGAAUUAACAAUGCCUUUAAAAAUUAGGUCAGCAUAUGGUAUAUUAAUUUGAUAUACUAUAGUGGCAACUGAUUCAUGAAUCCUCAUGUUAGUUUCUAUCUCAACACCAAGUUGCAGUUGUCUGCUUGCUCUUCUAUAAUAACAAAUAUGAAGACCAGCUUCUCCUAAAGUAGCAGACCAUGUUGCAGGUCCUGUAUUAUAUCUGAAUGCUACACACAUUAAUGUCUGUUGACCCCCAGAAAUUUUAGAAUUUCGAAGACAAGCUACUUCUGCACCCAAUGUAAUUCUGGAUGUAAUUGCUUGCAAGAAAUGUAAUACAACAAUUCCUUGCUGCUUCAGAAAUUUUGGAUUUGCUAAUGUUAAUGCCAAUGUAUAAUCAUUGGACCGAUAUUCUAUGGAUGAACUAGAAGCUUUGUACUUAAAAUUUGCAACUUGCGUAGACAAUUUGAAUCUAAAUCUACAUCCAAAUGUAUGUACAAAAUUUGCUGUCAUAUUUCCAUUUGGAAUAAUAUCGCCUUUGACAAUUGGAUAUUUCUCGUGUAAACCCACUGCUUUAGUACCAAUGUAAGAUGCACCAAAUUUGUAUCCCGAAGGAGUUACAGAACUCAAUGUUAUUGUAUGCAUUACAUUAAAAUGGGAACUGAGAA